AUGGAUAGAAGUUGGAUGUCAAUUCGAGAUAGAACUGCUGAAGACUAUGUAAAUGGAAUUGAAACUUUUUUAAAUUUUGCAAUCGAAAAUGCUCCUCCGGAUAGUGACGUCUUAAUCUCAUGUCCAUGCAAGAAGUGUGUUAACUUUAAGAAAAUGUCUCUUGCUGAUGUAAGAGGACAUUUAUUUUUUAAUGGGAUAAAUCCAAACUAUAAAGAAUGGAGUUGGCAUGGGGAAUACGUACCUAGUCAGACUCCACAUUCUCGUAAGAAUGUUCGAUAUUCAAAUGAGAAUGACAUUGAUGAUUACCCUUUAGAAAUGGUGGAAGAUGCAUUUGAUAAUGAUUUUCUAGAUUGUCCUGAUGAAUUUGCCAAAAUUUUAGAGGAUGCAGAGAAACCAAUCUAUCCUGGUUCAAAAUUCUCAAAACUUUCUACGUUAGUAAAGUUGUAUAAUAUGAAGGCACGACAUGGAUGGAGUGAUGUUGGUUUUUUUGAUUUGAUUGCUUUUUUCAAAGAAGUCAUGCCGGAAGAAAAUGAAAUUCCAAUAUAUUUGUACGAGGCAAAGAAAACCUUAUCAACAUUGGGAAUGGAGUAUGAACAAAUACAUGCAUGUUCAAAUGACUGUAUUUUAUAUCGUAAGGAAUUUGCUGAAGCAAAUAAUUGUCUGGUGUGUAAGCGUUCAAGAUGGAAAUUGAAAAACAAUUCUAAAGAGGUGCGAAGUGGUAUUCCAGCAAAGGUGUUAUGGUAUAUUCCACCUAUCCCGCGAUUUAAGCGUUUGUUUAGAAACUAUAAUCACGAUAAAAAUUUGAUUUGGCAUGAGGAAGGCAGGAUAAAAGAUGGUAAUCUACGACAUGUGGCUGAUUCACCGGCUUGGAGAAAUGUUGAUGAUAAAUGGGAGAAAAUAAAAAAGGAUCCUAGAAACCUUCGGCUAGGCCUUUCUACCGAUGGUAUAAACCCACAUAGUUCUCUUAGUAGUUCAUAUAGUUGUUGGCCAAUCGUUCUCGUUGUUUAUAAUCUUCCUCCAUUAUUGGUUAUGAAAAGAAGAUAUACAAUGCUCACUCUAUUGAUAUCAGGACCUACACAACCUGGAAAUGAUAUAGACAUAUUCUUGGCUCCAUUAAUUGAUGAUUUAAAAAUAUUGUGGAAUGGAGUAGAAGGUUGUUAUGAUAGGUAA